ACCAGCCAGCCAGAGAGGGACAGUGUGUGAGUGUGAGGGUGUGAGGUGCAGAGUCUGUGCUUGUGUUUGUGUGUGUGAGUGUGUAUGUGUGUGACGAGAGAGAGAGAGAGCGAGGCAGUGUAGGAAAAGCCAGGCAGCCGGUGCAGUGUUUUAAAGUGAACGAUACAUUGUGCUCCGCUCCUCUGCCUCUCUUUGGACUAUACCACUAACAGGGACUCACCCCUUUGGACUAUCCCGACUCGUCCUCCUCCUCUUGCCUUUGAAGGGAACACCUGUGUGUGUUGAGUGUGUAUGUGUGCGUGUGUGCGUGUGUGUGUGUGUGUGUUUGUGUCGAGACAGACUUAGCCCAAGUGAUCAGGGCAAUUGGAUGACUUCGGUGGAUGAGGGUUUGGCUGGUGGAAAGAGGGGGAUUGCUGACCAUGGACUCCCCUCACUUGUAAACGGGAGUGGUGAGGAGGACCGGGUUUGUCCGGUCAUCAUGUGCACGCGGGCCUAUCCUGACCCCGUCCCUGAGUGCCAGCUGUUCCCGGGAGAGGUGGAGGAGCCUGAGGAGGAGGUGGCAGACGAGGGCAGGGAGAGGGAAUCAGACAGAGACAGUGCUGUGGAAAGCACCCAAGGGUCAGACACCUCCGACGGGCUGAUCAGACCGGGCGACAAGGAAGACGCACUGGGAGAUCUCUUUUUCCCUGGGGAGAAGUGUGGUCAUACUAGCAUCUCAGUGACCUCUGACCUAUCGACACGUUCCUCGGCUUCUCUGAACGAGGAGCAGUUUGAGGACUACGGGGAGGGGGACGAACCAGACUAUACUCUCAGUAGUCCCUGUCCAGACGACGAGACUCGUACCAACGGAUACUCUGACCUUGGCUCAUCUGUUCCGUCUAGUGCAGGCCAAACUCCUCGUAAGGUGCGUCAGCAUUACACUGGUGAACUGAUGGAUGUCUACUGUUCUCAGUGUAGCAAAAAGGUCAACCUGCUAAAUGACCUGGAGGCCCGCCUCAAAAACCUCAAGGCCAACAGCCCCAACAGGAAAAUCUCCAGCACUGCUUUCGGAAGGCAGCUGCUCCACAACAGCAACUUGAGCAGCAGUAACGGCAGUACGGAGGACCUUUUCCGAGACAGCAUCGACUCCUGUGACAUCGACAUCAAUGAAAAGGUGAGUUUUCUGGAGAAGAAGGUGGCAGAACUGGAGAAUGAGAUUCUGACGAGCAGUGAACUCAAGUCCAGGCUGAAGCAGGACAACACACAACUAGUACACAGGGUUCAUGAGCUGGAGGAGCAGCUGAAAGACCAGGAGACACGAGCAGAACAAAAUCUGCAGGAAGGGCUAAGACGACAUCGAGAGGCCUACAGCAAGAUGGAGAGAGACAUGACCACACAGACAGAGCUGCUGACCAACCGAGUUAAGCAAUUGGAGGACGAGAACAAUGAGAUGACUCUUAACAUGUGCCGACUCAAGUCACAGACAGAGAAACUGGAUGAGGAGAAGCAAAGAAUGACAGACAAGUUGGAGGACACCAGUCUGCGUCUGAAGGAUGAGAUGGACCUCUACAGGAAAAUGAUGGACAAACUGAGACAGAAUAGACUCCAGUUCCAAAAAGAGAAAGAAGCCAUGCAGGAGCUGAUAGAAGACCUGCGUCGAGAGCUGGAACAUUUGCAGCUGUUCAAGCUGGAGACAGAAAGGCCUGGCCGCAGCCGCACCUCCUCCUCCAGCCUGGCGGACUUCAACAGCAGGACCAGGGAGGUGGAGCUAGAGCAUGAGGUCAAGAGACUCAAACAGCGAUUUGUGUCCCAGGACUUUCUUCCCCCUGAAUUCCAGCACCUGGUGUUGUCUGGGGCUUGGCUCCGUCCUGGUCUGAUGGAGAACCAGAAGCUGAGGGAGCAGAACGAUGAGCUGAACGGUCAGAUCCUCAGCCUCAGCCUAUAUGAAGCAAAGAACCUGUUUGCCACGCAGACCAAGGCCCAGUCCCUGGCUGCAGAGAUAGAUAAUGCCUCCAGAGACCAGUUAAUGGAAGCCCUGAAGGAGCAGGAGGAAAUCAACUUGCGUCUGCGACAGUACAUGGACAAAAUCAUCCUGUCCAUCCUGGACCACAACCCCUCCAUCCUGGAGAUCAAAAACUAGCAGUGACUCAACUGGAAUGAGAAUCGUUCUUGAACUCGGAGAAUGAGGAUCAUUCCAGUUGUUUGAUCAGAACCUUAAAACCGAGUUGGGAGUCUGUACAGGAAAGCAGAGAGAGGCAGAGCCUGUCUUGGAAAUGGGGACAUAUAAAUAGACAUACAUCGCCCCCUGCUGUUUGUGGCAGGAAGAGAACUUCUCUUGCAGCGAAGGCUGAGUGUGAUCCUACUCAGAACUAAAGAGCCAGUGAUUGCUGGCUGACUGUAGGUCAUACUACUGUGACUCUUCAACUCGAUCUACCCUGUCUUGUUUUUAUUCUGUCUAUGCUGUGAACUCUAGUUACUGUUACAACUUUGAUCUCACAAGACAAAACUGGUGAUUUCCUCCCAGGAAUAUCCUGCGUUCAUCAUGCUUUAUGAGGAUCGACAAAGUCUCUUGAUGUAGUACACUGGACAUAAUGUUGUCGGGCACAAAAACUGGAACAAUGUCAGAAACCUGACGUGGAUUCUACUGUAUCCUGAUGUAAAAUUAGCUGACAGUUUGGUACGCGGACAGGUUGGCAAGCAGACUGUAAACCUGAGUGAGACAGACAUGAAGGCAGGCCAGUUCACUGUUGCCCGAUCUGUAAACUGCCAGUCUCUUCUCCUCUUUCAUGUAGGUGUUCUCUGAAUGCAUGUGACAUACGUGGACAAGCAGGUGUUAAAAGAAGAGUGAGAUAGGAGGCAGAAGUGGUCAGCGAAAGAAAAGAAGAAGGUCUUAAUUAUAAGCUGAAAACAAACAAACAGCAGUGUUUUCUCUAAAGAGGUGGGGAGUCAGAUGACAAACCAUGGAUGCUAGCAAAGGAGAGUAUUAGUGAAGUCUAUGAGGGUUAAUUGAAGGUGAGGAUUAAUGUUUUUUGUUUAUUCUUGAGAACAUGUCUUCCAGGAACAUUGAAACAGCACUUGCAGUGUCAAUCAGUCCAAUAGUGAAUAUUUUUCACUGAGAAGUGGCCCUUAGGUUGGUUCAGAUGAGUCGCAGAUGAGUGUCACUUUACGGCGCAGAAGCUGCAACCAAGGAGUGUCUUUAAACUGUAACUUCUGUGGCUGCUAUUUGCUAGCAAAGCAAGAGCUGGAAAAGAUGCUCUGUUGCUAGCAAUAGACCCAAUGAUGUUGCACAGAAAUGUAAUGAUAUGAAUGUACAGGAUGUACGGUGGAUUUCCAUCGGAAUGACUGGUAGCCAUUGUAACAUGGUUUUACUGAAUCAUCUCUCUAUGCUCAGUGAAAUCAGCUCAGAUACUGGAUGUGAGCGUCCAUCAAUUUUAGGUGCAAAAGACUGGAUUAGCAAUCUCAUUGAAGCCUACAGGUUGCAGAUUGUAGUUAAUGCCCCGAUGGCUCUCUGAAACUCUAAUACUGUAAAUAUCAUGAAUGUACAACUUGAUAUUUCACUUUCUGUGUGGCCAAAAAGGCUUUUUGAAUUCAAAUCUGUACUUGAUUAAGUUGUAACAUGUGUACAGUAUUCUGUACUGUAAUGAGGAGGUCAUUGUUUUAGAGGGGAAACAAUUGCAAUCUGCUGUGUUAUGUAAUUAUUCUAAACUUGAGUUUUGCUUCCUUGCACAAAAAAAACCUUUUUGUUUCUUUUUGCAUGGUUCACGUUUUCUUCUGUCUGUGCCUUUUUUGAGGACAUUUUUCAAGAUGACGUUGCUAUAGAUUUACACAGUUUUUGGAGGUACAUUCUAUGUCUAUGUCUCACAUAUUUUCUUGACUUGUAAAUGUUGUAAUUAAAUAGUGAUAAUUUGUA